UAUACGCAGGUGCAUUCGUGAAUCGAAUGGCACCGCUCGCCCACUGCACCGCAAAUCAACUCGUGGAUUCUUGACACCGCAUUUACUAGUAAUAUAUAGGUACCUCCUAUGGUGUAGUAAAUUGUAAAGGAAACCCACAAAUCCGGAACAACAGACGAUUGAAGCUGCAUCGGCGCACGAGCAUACCAUCACUGUUAUAUUUCAGGUUGUACCUGUUUCUGAGUGAAAUGUACACAUAUUUUAAAAUAGCUGUAUUUUGGUUAAACAAGGAGAAAAUACUAAGUCUUCUCAAGUAUUUGCACUGCAAUGAGUUUAAACCUGACGAGGAGGAACAUAAAAUUAUUUUAAAACAGAGUAUUAGGACAGCUCGUUUUGUGAUGACGUACUAUUCCACAAUGUGUGUUGGAGCUGUUUUGGUGGCUAUCCUUGCACCCUUUACAGAAAACUUUGAUGUGUUACCCACGAAUGUUGCUUAUCCUUUUGUAGACAUAAACUCUCCCUCUACAUAUGUCAUCUUAUAUGUUCACCACGUUUAUUAUAAGCCGGCGACUUGCAUUAUUGAUGGAGUCAUGGACACGUUACUAGCAGCUUUUGUAGCCUCUGCAAUUGGACAGAUAGAAAUUUUAUCUUUCAAUUUGCGUCACUUUGAUAAAUUGGCGGACAGGAAAUGUAAAAGAUCUUCAGUAAAUAGAUCAUACUACACAAAAGAUCGUCAAUUUUACAUCAACGCCGUGCUCAAAAAGUGUAUUGUUCAUUACAAUGCUAUAAUACGGUACGUGUCUAUGAUUGAAAAAGCCUUUAGCUUGGCUUCAGCAUUACAGUUUAUGUUGAGUGUUAUGGUACUCUGUUUGGUUGGAGUCAGAUUUUUAUCGAUUGAAAGCCCGAGGAGUCAUCCGAUACAAAUAAUUUGGAUGGCAAUUUACUUGACCUGUAUGUUAAUAGAGAUAUUUAUAUUAUGUUGGUUUGGAAAUGAACUUAUAUUGAAGAGCUUAGAGCUCCGGCAAGCUGCAUACGAUGGUUCCUGGAUGAACAUAGAUAACAGAAGUACAAUGCUCAUAAUAGUUUUUAUGGAACGAUGCAACCGCCCCUUGAGAGUAACAGCUGGAAAAAUCUUUACGCUCUCUCUUGCUACCUACACAAAUUUAAUAAAUUGGUCCUACAAAGCGUUUGCUCUUAUGAGAAAUAUGAAGAAAUAAAAUGUAUUAUUUUACGCUGCAAGUAGACUUCGACUUCUGAAUUUUAUGCUUUAAAAAAUAACAAAAUAUAUUGUGGUUUCAAAAAU